AUGCCAAAAUGCGAAACACAUUUUGGGUUCAACUUGGUGCUGAUGGUGAUUGUUGCCGUUGCUGCUGUUGCUCCCGCUGAUGUUGUUGUUGUUGUUGCUGUUGGACUUAUCAACACGCCGAUCACUUGCGACAGUUUCCGUUUUGCCUCAGAUACUCAGGCGGCAUAUACACAGGACCUAAUUGCCCCGCACCCAGUUACAGUUACAGUUCCGUUCCAUUCCCACACGUAA